AUGUCCGUUCCCAUCAAGCGGGUGGGGUCGUACAAUGCGAGAUCGACGUCUGAAAUAAUGACCCAACACUCAGUUACAUCGACAGACAGCACUAGUUCCGCAAUUCCCCUCUGUAUGCCCUUGGCAACGGCCAUCACUUUGCCAACCUCCCGAUUUGUUCUUGAAUCUUCUAAAAGUGCUUUCAAUGCCUCGACUUUACCGCACUGGGUCACUGAGUUCGCCGAGUUCGCCGACAUCUUUAUUGCCGCAAAUGAUGGCGUCAUGGAACUCUUUCAACUUGUCGAUGUUGAAUGGCACAAUUUGGGCAUGUUGCAUCAGCUUGAGAUCAUUCCUGAUGCCAAUGUCUCGUUGCAUGUACCCGUACUGAUGCAGAAAGCCAUCGGACGAAAAUUAUGGAGAGAGAAGAUGCGGAUCGCAAUACGUGCCAAGCAUGGGGUACAACACACAAAUGCACAAAUCCCAAGCAAUCUCACAGUGCUUGAGGCUGCACCCUUGACCCCGAAGAAGCAAACUUCGAUAGUUCGGCCGUUCUGGACAGAGUGA